GUCCACCGUCAAAGGCGCGUAUCGGAACGAACUUCACCCUUCGCAGCUUUCAGCGGUUUUUCGAGAAUUAUUUGCCUUCCCAAAGAUUUCAAGCAUAUGUAAGAAUAAUAAUAAUAAAAAGAAGAGAUCAUUUGCGUCCUGAAAAAAAAAUCCUUUCUAUUCUCUAAUGGAGGACGUAAGAGAGGAGAUUCGCCUUGUGGCGACUAUCAUCGACAAAUUGCUGAAUGCGAAUGAAUCGCUCAGAGCAGAUCAGUUGACACCUCUGACGAAACGACUUCGCAACGCAGCCGAUGCCAUCACUGCAAACGAGGGAACAACAUUUUCAAAUGCUGCCGGUUUUUCCUGUUCGUCAAAACCCACACUUAACGCGGACGCUGGCGCGGGAGUGAUCAAACUGACGGGAAGUCGAAACAACAAGAGAGCGCCAGUUACUGUUGACACUGCACGUUCUUCAGCUGGGAAGAAAGUAAGCUCGCAAAAACAGCGUCCAACUUCGGCUCAUGGGGAGAUAGAUACGCCGCAGUUGCACGUCUCAAGCGAGGUUUCGCGGUCACUGUGCUGUUGCCUCUACAACCUUUUGGAAGGUGCUGUGAACCUUCUCCGGGCAUCACACGGUCACAUUUUUGUCAGAAAAGGAGAUGAGAUGGCCUCCAUCGCCAACGUAGCGAGAAAACUUGUGUUUCCUCCUCAACAGAUUCAUUAUAGGUGCAUGGGUAACGCCGACGCUGAAGUGCUUGGGAGCUCGAUUGCGUUGAAUCGUUUCAUGGAAGACGUCGGGAAAAAGGGUGCGAUUCUCAUUUUUCCUAUCUUUGGAAGAGAUAAGUCGUCUGGCCAGUCUCGCGUUCCAAUUGCGACAAUUCAUGUGGAGCGUAAGGAUCAUGUGUUCGAACCGUUCAACAGCAGUGAUGAGUGCAUUUUGUACUUUGCCUCCGUGUUUUGUGGAGAGCUCAUGUCGCGUGUUCCGCACUUUGGAUGGCUGAACUCUUUUUACGACCCGGCUACACAGCACAUUGUAGCUCCGUUUGUGCCUUAUAAGUCAGUGCCUCUCCCGGGAGUACGACGAGCACCGAACGUCUCUAGCAGUCACACCGAAACGCCGGGCGCUAGAUAUGACUCCUUGCCUGUGGUGGUGUCUCAGCUGACGCAGAAGACCGAAGAGCAUUGUAAAGAGGUGCUUAUUCGGCGUGAAAGUCUGCCUUCACGCAAUUCAAAGCCGUUCGCCCCUGGAGUUACGCAUAUGCCUUCGCUACUCGAGAUUCAAGUGUAUGUUGACAACCUCCAAUCCUGUUGGAGGAAAAACAUGACUGAGAACGUCAAUUUGCUAGAGACGCAUCGCAGCACACAGCAGGACUUAAAGCUCACGCGUAACGAAAUGCUCACGGCACGAAAGCAGCUUGCCGCAGCAAAUGAAAAGUUGCGACUUUAUGAGCUGGAUUCGAAAGACUAUAAGAAUGAAUACGGCGCUUUAAAGACAGAACUCAACACGUACAUGGAUAAGCUAGACCGUCUGCAUUGA